UUCAAAUGUUUUGUUUUGUUGUGUCAGAGAUAUUCUUGUCAUACUUAAAAAUUGUCGGUCCUCUCAAAUUCCUGAGUAAAUGUGCUUUAUAUAUAUACAUGUGUAUUAUCUAAUUUAUGAACAAAAUAUGGCAACAUGAACUAAGUGUUUUAAAAGAAAACUUAUAAAGAACAUUCUCAUUCCAAUCAGCACUGACGGAUGCUUCACUUUAGGGAUUAUAUUGGAUGUAGAGGUGGAUAGAAGAGGAAUGUUGCAAGGGAGACUACUCUCUUGUGUGCGACUGACACCACACCAGGGGGCGCUUCUUCUUCAUCUCUAGGUUUCUGAAGAUAAUUUGUGGUUAAGUUUCAUGAAUUCUCGGAACCUGGCUGCCCGUCGCUUCAGUUUUCCGGCGAGGAAAAAGUCAGAAGCUGGUAAAACAGCCAAAAUAGUCAAGAAAAUCUCUGCUAGUAAAAGCCCGAAUCUUCCCAAGAAGGAGCCUUCCCCACCAGAGAAUGCAGGGCUCGGAACUAAGCCCCGAUCUGGAUCUUACAAUUUGAUGCCAGCACCCGACGACCAAAUGGUGCGCAGCAACGAGGAUUUAGAGAGCGUGGAAGUGAGUAGUAGGGAGAAUGGGAGCAGUGGAGAUGGAGCUUUGGACGAUAUUGAUGGGGACGGGGCCUCAGGGACCGAGGUCUCUGACCCCCAGAGGACGAAGGCGGCCAUUGAACAUUAUCAGAGGAAGCUCAACAAGACUAUGGAGCUGAUAAAGGCCGAACAGGCAGCCAAGGAAGAGAAUGUCAACGAAUAUCUGCGAUUAGCAGCCAGUGCCAGUGAAGACAAGCAACAGCUCGCCAGGAUCAAGGCAGUGUUCGAAAAGAAAAACCAGAAAUCCACGCAGAGCAUCAGCACCCUGCAGAAGAAACUGGAGGGCUACUCCAAGAGAAUCGAGGAGAUCCAGACCUCAGGGGUCACGAGCCACAAGAAGGCCAAGGAAGUGCUCAGUGACAUGGGACAUGGACUCAACAGAUUUCGUCUCUCAGUUGCUAAAGAUAGAAGCAAACCAAAGGGAGGUGUCGGCGCCAACAUUGUUGAUGGGAUUACUGGAUUUUCAGGGGGUGUAGUUGGCAACAUUAAAGGAGCCAAAGACACUAUGAUGGCAAAGCCAAAAGAGUUUGCUCACUUGAUCAAGAAUAAAUUUGGAAGUGCUGAUAACAUCAAUCAAAUAAAGUCACUAGAAGAGGCGGGAGGGACCGAGGGAGAUAAACAACAUGGGGGUACCCUGCCGGCGAGGUAUCUGAUUGGUUUUAAGUAUCCGUCAGAAGAUGACAACUCCAGUAUUUUGUCCGGCUCAAACUUUGAGAUCCAGAGUAGUCCCUUGUCUAAUUCCCAGAACACGUCCCAGCAGUUCCCGGGGCUGGUCACCCAGGCGGUCUUGGAUCCGAUCCUUCAGGAAAUGGAGCAGGUCAAGGAGAGCAACAAACUGUUGUCGGAAACAGUCACCAGACUGACGGAGGAACUGGACCAGUGCAAGAGGUGGUACAGCACAGAGCUGACGACCCUUAGACAGGUGUUUGAUGAGGAACGGUUUAAGUACGAACGUCUAGAGGAACAGAUGAACGACAUGACCGAACUAAAUCAAAACGAAUUCUCCAAUCUUAGACAGGAUAUAACAAGUAUGGAUGAGAAGAUUCAGUAUCGUCUAGACGAGAGGACGACAGAUCUUCAGGACAACGUGGAAAACUGUCAGACACGAAUUACAAAGAUGGAGCUGCAACAGCAGCAGCAGCAGAUAAUCUCCAUGGAGAUGGUGGAUAACGUCACGUUUCGGACACUCCUGACCAAACUGAUCAAUGUCGUUCUAGCCAUUGUGGCCGUUGUUCUCGUUGUUGUUUCCACUGCCGCCAAUCUCGUUGCUCCAUUUUUAACCACAAGGGCUCGGAUACUGUCCAGUGCUCUUCUAGUGGUAGCCAUCAUUUUAGUGGGCCGUAACUGGGACAGCUUGAUUCUGUGUUUUGACAGUAUAUGGCAGUAUGUGUUUGAGACUCAGCCUUUCCGAUGAAGAUUGCGACUGGAUGUAAUUUUGCCAAGCAGCACAUGCCAAUGCACUUGAGAUUAUAUGUAGCUCUGUUCUGGAAGAAUGAAGAUGGUGAUGGUCUUUGAAAGUGAAAGUGAAAGAGGAUUUUUUAAAUAGCUGAUUUUAUUAUUGAGGGAGUUAUUUUAAGGUGUCAGUGAUGAGAUUUUACAUGUAUGUAGAGGUGAUGAUGAGGAGGUUACAUAUGUUUGUGAUAUAUAAACCUUUAUAUUUUUGUUUUCCCUUGUGUGAGAUGUUCUGUAUUUUUAAUUGUGAGAUAUAUUUGUUGUGGGAGAAUCCUCAAUGGAGCCAAAAAAAGAUGCACACACAGAAAAUAUACGUUGUUUAUUUUGGUUUCACUGAAAUACCCUUGAUCGUAUUUCAGUUGUAAAAAUAUUGGCAGUGGUCAUAGAGUUGGUUGACUGCAUUAACACUGUACACUUUGAGAAUUAUGAAAAAAACAACUUGAAUUUGGUGCAGAUGUAAAGGGGAAGAAAAAUAAAUCUGUAGUUGAAAAGUUUUGGUAUCUAAUUUGUAAAUCUUGACCCAAAAACCAUGACAUUGGAAAUCAGUAGGCUCUCAAUUCCAAAAGAGAAGAAGAAGCAAAUGUGUUGCAGUAUUAUAGAUGUGCUAGUGUUGUUUGUAAUAUUUGUCACAUUAGCUAGCUUCUCUCCUAGAGAGAAUACAAUCAAUUCAUCAUUUGGAUUGGCCAGUCAUAGAAGUGCUUCAAUAUCUUCAAUGUAAUGUGUUUUUUUUUUUUUUUUUUCUUUAAGGUUUGCCAAAUUAUCUAAAAGUGUGAUCAAAAACCUUUUCAUGUUUCAAAGUGCAUAAUUGUUUCUUUUUCCACCAUGUUUAUCAUUUAUUUACCUAUAAUGUGUUUUUUUAGGAAAUGUGGUGUGCACUUCUUUUAACUGGGUGAUGUUUGGGAGGGGAGGGGACUACUAUAUGGCAAUUAUCAGGUCAUUUUUCAUACACUUGUUGUACAUGAAUAUUGCAUUGUACUGGAAAGAUGUUACCUGUGUAUUUAAUUAAGGUUGAGGUUAUGUUGAAAAUUGUCUGCCAUCCAAUUACCAAAAAAAAUACCAAGAAAGUAGGUGUUGACAGUUCAACAACUGAUUUUUGAAAAAUCACCAUGGAUUAUAUAUAGUUUAUUUAAUGAAGAUCAACAUUUCCCAGGUUGAAUAGAUAUUAACUAGCUUCUGUUUACAAAAAGAAACAGUUUUUUAAUCAUAAGAUUCACACUUUCAGAUCUUUUCAACAUAUGUGGGAUCAGUUCCUUGCCACAUUUGAGUUGUCCAUUUUUUUUUCAUUUCUCCAAUUUGCUCUUACAAUUGAUGGAUCUGAUGCACUCAAGAAUGUGUAAUAUCAACCGGUAAUUUCAUGGCACCAUACGAUUUGUUUACAUAUUUUUAUGGCUUUGUAGAAAACCUUCGCUUGACAAAACCUCUGUGUUCAAAACACAGCACCAUGUUAUUUUCUUAAAUGAAAACAUGUAUCAUGUUUGGGUAAAUGGUUGUUACUCUUUCUUUUUCCAUCUCUCUCUCUUCUCUCUCUCUCUCUUACCUGUGUCCCUACUUGUUUUUUUUUUUAGUUUGUCCUGAAAGUACAUUAUUUACUCCCAUGCGUUGGUAAUGGGUGACUUAAUUAAUCUUUGUUACAUGUGAAUGUGUGUGCUGUUAAAAUGUCUGUGAAUUUAGAGCAGAUACUUGACAUGAGUGUGCACUGUUGUUCAGUUCAUGAUGUUAAUUUAUUUAACAGUUAGAUGAUUUGACCCAUGAUUCCUGACAUGUGCAAUAAAUUUAAUAAAGUCAGGUGAAAUGUAA